UGAGCCUUACUGUGCUGUUUGACUCGGAGGGAGAGUCCUGCAUUUGCAGCAGCGCUUGCAUGAACUCCGGGGAGCAGCAGGGACGGAGCUCAGUGGUCACUGGUGGCUCCUGGGGGUGGGCUGAGCUGUCACAUUCUGGUGCCUGGCGAAUGCACCGAGAGCUCCAGCGAGGGGCUGGCCCUGGGUGACACCGAGAGCAGCAGUGGAGCGCUGGCUGUCCCCGUGGCUGCCAGGGCAGCUGGCCGGGGCUCUGAGCAUGUCUGUGAGCACCGAGGCAGCCAGGCAUCUUCCCUGUCCCUCAGCUGGUUUUGAGCCUCCUGUACCCACUCUCUGAUGCUGGAGCAACUGCUGAAGGAUGCAGCCGCAGGCGCCUGGGGCUGUCUCGCUAACAAGGAGAUUCCUCAAAAGCCUGCGGAGGAGACGUAGGAUCUUCAAGCAAAUUCUGGCAGCUGGAUCCCGAUAGCAGAUAAACUCAUUUGACCACCAUGAGUUGGAGUUUUCUGACCCGCCUGUUAGAGGAGAUCCAGAACCACUCAACCUUUGUUGGCAAAAUCUGGCUGACAGUGUUGAUUGUGUUUCGGAUUGUCCUAAUUGCUGUGGGAGGAGAAUCUAUUUAUUAUGAUGAACAAAGCAAGUUUGUGUGCAACACGGAGCAGCCCGGCUGCGAGAACGUCUGCUACGACUCCUUCGCCCCUCUCUCGCACGUCAGGUUCUGGGUGUUCCAGAUCAUCCUCGUGGCCACUCCCUCGGUGCUGUACUUAGGCUAUGCCAUCCAUAAAAUCGCCCGGAUGGUGGAGCACAGCGAGGCCAGCAGGAGAGCCAGGAGGAGGAGCUUGCCCAUCCGCUGGAAACAGCACCGGGGCUUGGAGGAAGCUGAGGGUGACCACGAGGAAGACCCGAUGAUGUACCCGGAGAUCGAGGUGGAGAGCGUCCGCGAGAGCAAAGAGAAGCAGAGCCCUGCCAAAGCCAAGCACGACAGCCGGCGGCAGAUCCGGGAGGACGGGCUCAUGAGGAUUUACGUCCUGCAGCUCCUGGCCAGGGCCCUGUUUGAGGUUGGCUUCCUGGUGGGGCAGUAUUUCCUCUAUGGCUUCCAGGUGAGCCCCGUGUUCGUGUGCAGCAGGAAGCCCUGCCCGCACAACGUCGAUUGUUUCAUUUCCAGGCCGACCGAAAAGACCAUUUUCCUGCUGAUAAUGUAUGGGGUGAGCUGCAUGUGCCUGCUCCUGAACGUCUGGGAGAUGCUGCACUUGGGCUUUGGCACCAUCCGGGACACGCUGAACGCCAAGAAGAAGGAGCUGGUUGACUCUGGGACCUUUAACUACCCCUUCACCUGGAACACACCCUCGGCUCCCCCGGGCUACAACAUCGCGCUGAAGCCGGAGCAGAUGCAGUGCACGGAGCUGUCCAACGCCAAGAUGGCCUACAAGCAGAACAAAGCCAACAUAGCUCAGGAACAGCAGUAUGGCAGCAACGAAGGGAACAUUCCCUCCGACCUGGAGAUCCUGCAGAGGGAAAUCAAAGUGGCUCAGGACCGCCUGGACCUUGCCAUCCAGGCUUACAACAACCAAAACAACCCCAGCAGUUCCAGAGGGAAGAAAUCCAAAGCGGGCUCAAACAAAAGCAGUGCCAGUAGCAAGUCAGGAGAUGGGAAGAACUCGGUCUGGAUUUAAUGUUGACUCAGUUGAUAUGCUGUGGUUUUUUCCCCUAGUUUAUCAUAACCAGCAGUCCCAUGAAUAAUGGCUUCCAUUAAGGGAAUAUUUGACUCUGCUGAUUUUCAGGGAUACCGUUGGCUCGUGAUUCAGCCCCAGAAAGGGUUUAUACACUGACUCUAGGACUUUAGAACUUUAUUCUUUUGUCUUCCAAGUCAGGGGACAAAUAGGUAUAUUUAAUUCAUUCUCAUUGAACGGUUUAUGCUGUAUGUACAGUAUUAUAGUACAUUUAUUAUGCACAAUUUUUUUUGUAUUUGUACACUGGAUCUGAUGUUACACUUUUUAUAUCAACAAGGACAAAGCAAUGGAUAGCCAUUAGCAUUUUGUUAAUUUUAUUAUUGUUGUCUGCAGUUAUGUCAUUGUUCUUCCUCGUUUUCCAAGUAAAACUUUUUAUAAAACUUUUC